AUGGACCAAUCUCCUAAAGCACUUCCCAAGGAUAAGAAGGAGAAAGAGCCUGUGGAGAAAGAACCCACGUACAGGAAGAGGGGCAUGAACCCCAUAUCCGCGUCCCAGGGCUUCAGGACCAGAGAGGUCCGAAUUACCAAGAUCCCAAACCACUUCCAGGCGAAGAAGACAGAGAAUAUCCUGAUCUUGGUGGCCUUCUCCAUUGGACUUGGAAGCGUGUGGCGUUUCCCAUACCUGUGCCACCAGAAUGGAGGAGGCAGCUUUCUGCUGAUGUACCUCAUCCUGCUGCUGCUGGUGGGGAUCCCCCUGUUGUACAUGGAGAUGAUCAUUGGACAGUGGCUACGGAAGGACAACAUCCAGGCCUGGAAGCAGCUGGCCCCCUGGCUAGGCGGUUUGGGCUACUCCAGCACACUGGCUUGUGUGCUGGUGAGCCUGUACAACAGCGCUCUGAUCUCCUGGAACGUCAUGUACCUGGGCCAGUCCUUUGAUUACCCUCUACCCUGGGAACAAUGCAAGAUGCAUUCCCGUGACCAUGGGAACAUCAGUAUGACUAAGAUCCAGUGCCUUCGGACAGUGCCCUACCAGUAUUUCUGGUAUCACACAACCCUUGAUGCCUCCAGCCAGGUGGAAGAAGGGAUUGAGAUGCUGGUCCUGAACAUCACCCUGUGCCUCUUUGCCACCUGGGUCUUCCUCUAUAUCAUCCUGAUUAUUAGGAUGAGGAUCUUAGUGCUUAUGCUGAUUUUCUCCAUAUUCUUCCCCUACGUCCUCCUCUGCUGCUUCCUCAUUCGCAGUCUCUUCCUGCCAGGAGCGAUGGCUAGCCUCAGGCGCCUGGUGACCAUAGAGCUCUCUGUCUUGUCAUCGCUGGACACAUGGCGUCAGGCUGGAGGCCAUGUGCUCUACUCCCUCGGCCUUGGCAUGGGCACCAUCAUCACUUUCUCUUCCUACCAGACUAGAGGUGACAACUACAUCAAGUUGGCCUUCUUUGUGGCCAUGGCCAACCUGGUGACGUCGUUGCUGAGCACAGCCAUCAUCUUUCUGGUGCUGGGCUUCUGGACCACAACCAGCGGGCCCAGCUGUGUUGAGAAGAGUGUCAACAAGCUGGUUGAUCUGAUAAUCAAAGGUGUGCUGUCCCAGGCUGCCUGGCCUCCCCAAGGCAUCAUUCAUAAACCUCCAGUAGAAUACAUGGACUGGAUCAGUCAGCUCCCCAGUCAGCUCCAGGCGGAUGUGGUCCGUUUCUCCCCACCCUGCAGCAUCCUGGUACAGAAGGGAAAGCUCUUCUCCCUGGCAUACGUGGCCUUCUCUCAAGUCAUCUCGCUGUUUCCUGGCUCCUCUUUCUGGGCCAUCAUCUUUUUCAUUGCCCUUGUCAUCAUGGGUCUGGCCACACUGACAACGCUCCUGGAGAGUAUUGUGCUUCCUCUGCAGAGAAACAUCCCAACCUUCGAGAAGUAUCCCAAGCUUGUACCCCAUCCACUUCCACCCUUAGUGACUGUCUGCUUGGGAGGACUUCUGGGCAGCUACGUGGUGUUCCUGUUUGAUGACCACCUGGUCCCUAUGGUCCUUGUCGUUAUUGUGGUGCUCCAGAACCUUUCUCUGGCUUUUGUCUAUGGAAUCAGGAGGUUCAGGGCUGAGAUGUUCUACCAGCUGGGCCGCCUGGUGUGGGCACCCUUCACCUUCUUGUGGACUUAUGUGACCCUGCCCGCCCUGCUGGUGCUGCUCGUCAUCUACUUCCUGAAUCUCUACCACAGGAAAUCCCUCUACUACAUCUCCUGGAAUGACAGUAUGAGCCAGGAAGUGAAGCAGACUUACCAGAAGAUAGUUCUGGGCUGGAUCACCUUCCUCAGCGUCCUGGCUCUGCUGCCCAUCCCUGUGUAUCCGCUGCAGCACUGGUGGAACCAGGACGACCAGGUCAUCUGUGAGGUCUUUAAAAAGCCUUCAUCCUCCAAAAGGACAGAAAUGGGAUCCAACAAGGUCAGCCAGUGGCCUGAAUACAUGCUAAGAAGACUCACAGUCAGAGGCCAGGACAAAGGUGGCCAGGUUCCACUCCCAAGAAAGAACCCCACAGAUGACAUCCUCCUUCAACCCCUAAACCUGUUGACAAGACGUGACAGUAAAAUUUUCUCCAGUUUCAGCCUUCGAGGUGACUCCACUGUCCCCAACAAUCCUGAGGCACCAAAGCCCACUGUCCUCCCAGCAGGUGGCCAAAGCACUAGACAGAAAGAACUGGCAUAA